AGGAAACAAAACCUUCCUCCAUAUUAUCGCAUGAUAAGAUUAAAAAAUCACUGGAAUUUGUUCAUAUAUUACGUAUACAUAUUUUCCAGGCGAUAGCAAGAAUUUUGAAUCUCAAAGUAGGAAAAAAAAUAUUACAAUUCCAGAGGUAGAUUUCGCAAAACUACCGCAGGGGUAUCCUGAUAAAUCUGUAGAUGCCACUGAUAGUUGCACAAAUACUCUGAAUUCUGAAGGGUUUGAUUCUACUUCUUAUGGUCGUGUGAAAGAAUUCUCAUCCACAGAUGGUUGUUCUAAUACUUAUGGACAGUUGAAUUUUGAUUCCGAAGAACAGAAAAUGGAUGUGAUGGAUAAAGAUAAAACAAAACAGCCUAAUAGGGAAAUUUCUAUCAUCCUUCCCAAAUAUUAUGCUGAUAUAAACGGUAAGAAGGGUUCAGACUAUUGGGAUUAUGAAAACAUAUCGCUGAAAUGGAGCGUUCCAGAUCCCUACGAAAUUGUACGAAAAAUUGGCAGGGGUAAAUUUAGUGAAGUUUUUGAAGCAAUAAAUAUUGAAACUAAGGAACAAUGUGUAGUCAAAAUACUCAAACCAGUGAAAAAGAAGAAAAUCAAAAGAGAAAUAAAGAUUCUUCAAAAUCUCAAGGGCGGACCGAAUAUAAUACAGCUAUUGGAUAUCGUAAAGGAUCCACAGAGUAGAACUCCCUCUCUAAUUUUUGAAUAUGUCAACAAUACUGACUUCAAAACUCUUUAUCCUACCCUCAGUAUCUACGACAUCAAAUAUUACAUAUAUCAAUUAUUGAAGGCCAUGAACUUCUGUCAUAGCCAAGGGAUAAUGCACAGAGAUAUAAAACCACACAAUGUAAUGAUAGAUCACGAGAAGAGGCAACUGAGGCUUAUAGACUGGGGUCUUGCUGAAUUUUAUCAUCCUGAACAAGAAUAUAGUGUUAGGGUUGCAACACGAUAUUACAAGGGCCCUGAACUCCUUGUGGAUAUGCGAUAUUAUGACUAUAGUCUCGAUAUUUGGAGUAUAGGUUGUAUGCUUGCAGGUAUUGUAUUUAAGAAGGAGCCAUUCUUCUAUGGACAUGAUAACUACGAUCAGUUGGUGAAAAUUGCCAAAGUAUUGGGAACUGAUGACCUCCAUAAGUAUUUUGAGAAGUUUGGAUUAAAUUUCGCUCCCUCAUACAAAGAACUUCUCGGGACCCACACAAGAAAGCCUUGGACCAAAUUUAUUCACCAUGAGAAUCAGCAUUUAAUAUCACCAGAAGUUUUGGAUUUGCUGGAUCGCAUGCUUGUUUAUGAUCAUACUGAACGAAUAACUCCACUGGAAGCUAUGGAACACCCAUUCUUCAACGAUGUCAGAUGAUU